UCAUAUCUCAACCUCAAUGAUUAUAUGUUCGUCCAUAUAUCAUUGAAAGAAAUAGAAUCGAUUCGCGUGGAACUUUCACCGAAUGUGUAUGGUCUUCGAUCCACAUGGCCACAUGGGUUGGUUUGGUUCCAUUAUUGCUGUUUCUUAGGUGAUGGUUUUAAUCAGGGAGAAUAAAAGAUUAGUAUGAAAAUGAUAUAGCAACUGUUAUCAAGGGGAAUGAAGAUUAGUAAUUAUAAGUUAUUGCAACUAGUACAAACAUUAUCAUAACAAUCGCGAAAAUCUAUUUAAAAAAUCCAAAACAGUCAUGACUCAUGAAUAAGAAGCCUAAUUGGUGAAGUCAUAAUUACGAGAGGAAGACUCAAGAAACGUAAAUGCAUCAUCAGGCGACGACCCAUACCGUUUUGUUUCGCCGUUGACAUAAAGAAUCAAACCGUUUUGGUUCUUUCCCCCGACAACAAUCGCAUUCUCUUUCUUAAAUCCGUUUGUCGACAUUGAUUGAACACAAGGUUUAGUCUUGUCGACACAUUCUACUCGACUUGGCUUUGGAUAAUAGAAAUCGGUUGGGAAAAAAUUGAACUGAAGAAGACCCGACAUUGAAAUCAAAUCGAGCGAAACUCAACAACUUUGUGAAUGUGUGUAUAAAAGUAUUUCUCGUGUGGUUCGUAUUCCUUUUAUUUCGUUAUAUAUAUAUAUAUAUAUAUAUAGAAUAUGGAAUAAGGGGUUCAGAGUGAUUUUGGGACUUUGAAGUUUCUUGGGCUUUACGAGUUUUGCUUGAGGAAAAAGUCUAGCUUGGUUAGGGUUUGAAGAGUCUUUAAUCUGAUCUGCUUUUGACGCCUUUGACAUUAAUCACGCAUCUAGAAACAACUAGAAGAAUAAAGCAACGAUGGUUUCUAAUUUUUCUUGUUUCCAUAUUAGUUCACUCGAAUUUUCAUAAAUUCCUUAUAUUUAAAUAUGAACAUUUUUUUAACUUAUCUUAUGGCUUAUGCAUAGACAUCUACAAAUUGAAAACCACAUGAAUCAAGAAUAUAACCGUCAUCGUCUGGUCUCCAAUUUACAAGAAAAAACAGUUGAUGAUCCCUGGGAUAUUGAGAGUUAGGAACGAAAGCUGAGGGUGGUAAUGAAGUUGUAUAUAUAUGACCACUAAUAAUGUGCUCUGUUUUAGUGUUUUGGCCUUUCGGUGUAUGUCAUUUGUUUUUGCAUCUGUUUGGAAACGAGGAUAAGACGACCCUUACUUAAAUACAAAAUUUGGUCCAAAGUCUCAUUGCAUCCUUCUUGAGGUUUAAGAAUUGUUGCAAUGUAUGGUUACAUUUUCACGAGUAAUAAAUCCGAAUCGCUAAAGUCGUGAUGUUUUCGAUCUUUGAAAGCUCCAAAAUCCUGGCAGAUGAAACUGAAUUUUGAACUGCAAUAUCCAUGAAGCAAUCGUUUAUUGAUUUUUCAGGGAACAAGGUUUUGUUAAAAGCUUGAAGUAAGAGGUUCUCUGUUGACAAAGCUUCUAAGAUCAGUCCUAUUACAACAAACAAACCGAAAUAUUUGGAAAGCUCAAAGAUCAUGACCGCAUAAAAAGAUAUAUUAUUAUAAAUUACCUGAUUUAAGCUCUCUAUUUCCUCUAUAUAUGCAUAGAAGAUUACGCUUUGGAUUUUACAACAACUCAGUCAGAUAUCUAAAAAACACAAUCAUCAUAUCCCUUAAUGAUAUUCAAACCAUGAAAUCAUCACAUGCAUCUCUCGUCUGCAUACUAUUGCUUUCUCUAUUGGCUCUGCAUCAAUGUGCAAGGAUAGGAAGAUCAAACAAAGUGGAUAUGUCUGCAUGCUUCCUUGGCGAUUGCAACAAUGUUUUCGAAGGCGGCUGUUAUUGCUGCCCCAAAACGCCAGCUCUUUGUUGGGCUGAAAAAGAUUACUGCACCACUUAUUGUCAAUCUCAAAGCUAAAACCCUUUGAUAUACUCAUCUACAUCUACAUGUUCCAUUUUUAGAUAUACACCUAUUGUCAUUUGUGUUCGCAUCUGUUUAAUGACGUACAAGAAUAAGAGUAUUCCAUAUUACACAUACUACUGGACCCAAGUCACAUGACCCGAUCUUGAGGUUUAAAGAUCUUGUAAUCGUUACCAUAUGUACGGAUACUUCGUUUACAAGUAAUAUACAAUAAGAUUCGUAUUGAUGUUUCUCAUUUUUUUCAUAAUAUGGCCGGGAGUCUCAGCAUUUAGACUCUAUUAUUAAGACUUGUGACAACCGACAAGAAGGGCACUCUUGCCAUUUAAGACUUCUAGUGGCCUACAAUGAUUAAAAUCGUAGCUAGUAUGAAGAUUCGAACUCUAGUCGUCAAUCACAUGAUGAUUCUUUCAACCACUUAACCAUAUGCAUCUCUUUGGAGUAGAUUAGCAUGUUCCCCGCACAAAAAUGAGAUACGCACAAAUCAAAAACUGUUUUGUUGUUGUUAACUCUUCUAAUGCUUGAUGAAUCCGAAUCCUUAAAUAUGCGUCAUGCUCUCGGAGAUGGAAGCAGAAUCCACAACUGCAAAUGCAUUAAGCAAUCACUUUGAUUUUCCAAGGAGACAAGAGUUGUUAUUUAGUUAGAAGCUUUGAUUGUAAGAGUUUGUCUUUGGAGGAAGGAGUACGUAGCUUGCAAAAAUGUUACACUAGAGAGAUUCCAAGUAGGGAGCAGCUCUAAGUCCAAUAUAUAUAUUAACCUUAUAAAAGUUUCUUCAAAUACUGAGAAGGCAACAAAAAUAGAAAGACUUUCUUAAUUUGCCUCGUAUCAAUCUACUGCAAUUAUAUAACAUCUUCGAAUGACAAGAGAUAAAGCUAUAAACUAGUCGGUUCGAUCAAAUUUUGUUAUCACACACAAAUUAUUUUUUAAGACGAAAGGCGGUCACGGCCGUACCAAACCAAGUAGUGCGUCUUACGUUCUGUAGA